AAACCUUCAUGUCUGUAGUUACUUUGAAAAGAAGAUGUGAAUGAAGAAUCAAAUCCAGAUUCAUAUGUUUGUGUGUUUUUAUAAGUUUUAUGUUUUGAAGUGAGUCAAAUACGCAAUCUGUGUGUGUGUGUGUGUGUGCGCAUGUGUGUAUUUACUUUCUGGCCGUGGUGGUGACUCGGAUGCGUUUCUGUCCACUGGAGUGUUGGUACUGGGUGACGUACUGGACCGCGCCUCGGCCCCCCUGGGGUAUAGGUGCAUUAUGCUGUGUAGAGGAGACAAGAACGGUUGGUAGGAUCAUUAGAAAACAAUUAAGAACAAGUUAUCUGAUUAUAAAUGUACACAUGCACAUGUUAUAAAACAACGCCAAGAUAUGAUAAAUGUAAAUUACCCAUCUAACUAGGCUAAUAUAAGUGGGUGGUGCCUGUGAGUUUUUUCAAAUGGUUUUCCCUGUACAAACACACAUAACUGCUACUGCCUUCUAGACAACUUUCAGAACAACUGAAAUAAUUGGGUGAUAUGAGGGGGCUUAAUAAUUCAUAAUAAUUCAUUAAUAAUUCAUGAUUGGGAGCUUAGAUCGAAUUAGAGGCAAGCUCCUUACCAAUAACCCCCAAAACACUCCAGAGCCAAAUGGCUCAUUAACUGUGCUGCAGCCAUUAGAGUGGAGGAGAGGAUAUUGGAUCUCAAGCUUCUGUUUACACAGAGAGCAUCUCUCUCCCUCUCUCACUCCUCAAAAAUCUAGUGCUUGAAAGUAAGUUGUUCUGGUCUGUUUUUCUUUCCCUUCCACACUCUAAUAGAUAGUGUAUAGGAACAAGCUAAGGAAGGAAGGAACAAGCUCCAGGUUCCCUGGAGCCCCAGAGGAUCGACACACACAGGAUAACGUGACUUUACACGUCAGACUCUGUCCACCAGUCAGUCAGCCAGGCAAGUCAGUCAAGUCAGCCAGUCAGUGCUCAUGGACUGAACCAGGCGAGAGGAGUUAGCAGCCAGCCAACCCAGGGAGGCCGUGAGGAUGCCGGUGGCCCAGGUCUUUGCAGCUCUGAUGGUGGUCUCCAGUCUGUUCUCCGUGUGUGGUAAUGUGGUUUUAUUACUGGUGGUUCUUCUUAACAAGGAGCUCCGCACCGAAACCUGGGCCCUGACCCUGAGCUUCUGCCUGAGUGACCUCGCCCUGGGUCUCUCCAUCAUUCCCUUCGGAGUCCACAACAGCCUGUUCAGAACGCAGGGCUACCCCAGCGACGGGCCCCUCUGCCAGGGCAGCGCCUUCCUCUACCUGCUUCUUCAGCUGGCCUCCAUCCACUCCCUGACCUGGGCCACCAUUGACAAGUUUACGGAGAUCUGUUUCGCCCUGAGCUAUAGCACCAUCUGCACGUCCAGGAGGACCAGGGUGGUGCUGGUCCUGGUGUGGCUCUACGGCCUGAUCAACGCAGCCUUGCCACUGCUGGGCUUCGGCCGCUACAGCUACAGCAGCACCAGGUUCCUGUGUGCCCCCAGCUUCCAGCCAGACUACAGGGGCUUCAGUCUGCUCUUCAUCGUGGUCGGGAUCAUAGCACCCAUACUCAUCAUGUGCUCCAUGUAUGCGUACAUUGUGUAUAUUGUGAGGAAACAGGUGCGGCGAGGGACAUUUGUUUGCAAUGACCAGCACUGUUUUUAUGUCCCUGCUAAUAACUACUUCAGGAGCUCCUUAGUGAUGGUGGCAACUGUGGGUGAGUCUCAUUGGUGCUUAACUUUGUGAAUAGUAGAGUGAAGCUAUUGAUUUGUUGAUGUCAUUUAUUUCAAACAAAGCCAGGCAUAAGCCUUUGAUUAUAACCCUUUGAUGUACUCUGAGCACUGAGCACAGACACAUAAUAAAAGCCUUUUAUGUAAGGAACAAAAUGUCAAGGUCCAUCAGUGGCUGUUAUUCACAUUUUUCUGUUGGCUACAUUUAUAGAUGGUGAAAUUCAGUCUUCUUGAAUUUGUUAAUAUUAAUGUGCUACAAUAACAUUACACACAUAACAAUUGUUAUAUAUUUGCAAGAUCCCAUAAAUAUACCAAAUAGAAUUCUUGUAACGUUCCCGUAAUUAGUCAAAUAACUGCCGGUAAAUAUACUUUUCUAACGUAAUUACUCUGAUAAUCUCCUGUCUUAAUUCUCUCCCUUGUAAGUGUGCCUGCUAGUGUGCUGGCUGCCUUACAUCACCACCUGUUUCUAUGAGACGUUCAGUGGCCAUGACCCGCCAGCAGCAGCCUCAGCCGUGGCUACCUGGCUCAUCCUCCUCACCUCCGCUCUCAACCCAUGGAUCAACUCCAUGACGCAGACGCGCUACAGAGCGGCUCUGCGGAAAAGCCUGAAUAAAAUACGACGGCUGUUCCAGCGCCCUCUGAAGAACUCCUGCCCACAGAGCACCGCCAUCCAACUUGAGAUAGUGAGCCAAGAUCACCACCAUCACAACAUCUCCAACCCAUCACUCUUGUCAGAACCCAACUCCAAAACAGGGUCACCAGAGGCCAAAUCCAUGUCAGAGGUGACUAUGGAGGAUGGUGAAGACACUAUGGACACUACACUAGGCCAAGACUCUGUCACUGUGGAGCCAUCUGGAAAACUAGCCUGACUACAGACUAAAAUACAGACCAACUACAGACUUAAUUUUAUGAAUCCCAGGACUCCCUGAAAAAAAAGUGGCAAUUGUUACUGAGUGAACAAAAAAAUGAAUGAAUGAAAUACAAUACAGGUUGAGACUAAACACCAGAGAAGGACCAUAUGAAGGAUCAUUGUGGCGACAGGAUGCAACAGACGGACAGUCUCUAGUAUGACCAAUGGGAUUGUGACACUUGUGUCUUAAGUGGAUCUAUACACAAAGACCGCCAUACCAGCGAUCUUAUUUGUUCUGUUUCUAACUAAAAAUGUUAGCUUACAAUGCACAUUGUACAGUCAAUCAGGGACAUUGGACCAUUGUCUUUUUGAACUACAAUGUUGAACUACAAUGUUUGAACUAGAUUGCAAACUGUACUAAACUGUACAUAUACAGACAUUACUGUCUGUCCAAAUGUGUUCUUCCUCAAUAAUUAUACCUAUGGCAACACUGUCUAUCUAAAAUCAUUGAAAUGUAAUCUUUCAUUUUAUCAUAACGGGAUGUAUUGGAUUAAAAUGAAUGUGAACAUCUCAAUUACAUUUAUAGAUCCAUCCUAUACUACUGUAUGUUUCAUAAAGAGGCCAUAGUGGUUUAAUAUAUGAGCACACCAUCUGGUGGCAUAGUGAUGCUGUUGCACCACUAUCUAGUACCUCUGACCAGCCCA